UGUUGUAAAACGAUGCCGAUUAUAAUAAUUCACGAACAUACAUACUUCGUUAUAUGAAGGAAAGUAAUAAAAUUCAAUUAAAUCUCAUUGAAGUUUCCCGAAAAUUAAAGACAUUUUUAGUCAGAGCGAGGUGAUUUCAUUUCCAGUAGAAACACACUGGCGGGUUUGUUUCCAUACAACCACACAAAGCACGAAAAAGUCGUCUGCGGAAAUCGCUCACGCGGAACAUCUUGGAUAUCAUGGUGAAUCAUCGUAUCGAAGCUUUCGCUCUCUCGACUGAUUCAGUUUUAGAUGCGUCUUGUCGCUUGAUGUGUAACGAAGGCAGACGUCUAAAGGAUUUUGUAUGUGGAAACUAUCGGAACAAAAAUAAAUAUUGAAUUUUUUUUUUUACUUUGGAUAUUUCUACUAGGGAUUUAAGGAUGGCAGAGAAUGGUGUAAACGGUCACAAAAGUAGCGGAAUGGAGUGGAGAGUAGGAUUUAUGAAUUGUGCUUUGAAAUAUCUCACUGCUGAGACAUUUGGAUUCAAGGUUAACGCAUCUGGGGCCGCCCUGAAAAAGAAGCAAAUCUGGAGCAUCGAGCAGGACCCGGCGGAGGAAUACGUGUACAUCAGGAGCAGCCUGGGUCGCUAUAUGACGUCAGACAAGUACGGUAACGUCACGGUAGAGGCUGAAGAGAAGGGUCCCGACGAGCGCUUUGUUGUCGAGUAUUCCAAAGACGGCAAAUGGGCGUUCAAGCACGUCACCCACGGGAACUACUUCAGCGGAAUGGACGACCAGGUGAAAUGCUUCGACAAGACGCCGACCGACAAGAACUGGUGGAGCAUCCAGCUGUAUGUGCAUCCCCAGAUCCAUCUCCGGAACGUCAACCGCAAACGGUACGCCCGCCUGAACAAGGAAACCAACGAAAUGGAGUGCACGGAGAUCGUGCCUUGGGGCUCCGACGCCCUGGUGUUCUUAGAUUUCGUCGAAGGAAAGUACGUAUUGAAAUCCUGCGACAACCGGUACCUCCACCGCGACGGCCUACUGCAAGACGCCAUCGACGCCAACACCCUCUACAUGAUGGAGAUCCACUUCGGCUCCCUGGCGUUCAAGGACAGCGAGGGGCGCUACCUGACGGCGGUUGCGAAGGGGACGAUGAAGGGCAGCAAGAAGACGAUCACCAAGGACGAGCUGUUUACGAUCGAGGACAGUCACCCGCAGGUCCAGAUCGUAUCGCACAACGGGAAGAGCGUCUCUAUCAAGCAAGGCGUGGACGUCUCAGCCAAUCAGUCCGCGGCUGAGAUCGAGGACACGGAGAUCUUUCAGAUGGAGUACUGCAAGGCGUCGGACAUGUGGGCCCUCCGCACGAGCACCGACAAGUACUGGAACCUACAGGCAAACACAGGCACCGUUCAGGCAACCAGGGCGGAAACGCAAAAGGACAGUUUCUUCACGAUCGACUGGCAGGACGACGGCACCGUCGGCAUCAAGGGCUCCGACGGGAAAUACCUCUCAAACAAGCAGACCGGGAUUCUCUACAGUACCGGAAGUUCCCUCGAGGACAUGAACCGCUUCAAGAUCACGAUCGUCAACCGGCCGCUGCUGGUACUGAAGAGCGAGUUCGGGUUUGUGGGGACCAAGGGGAGUCAGUACAUCUGUAACAAAUCCAAGUACGACGUGCUGACAGUGAACGCUGCGGGCAAUGGUUUUUACACUAUUCAAGGACCAGACGGUAAAUAUUGGAACGUAGCAGACGACACAUUGGUUCACGCUGACGCCACCGGAAGCAAAUUCCAAUUCCAGUUUUGUGGGGGUUCCAUGAUGGCCAUCAGGGCGCCAAACGGAUGCUUUCUGAAGGGGGAGCAAAAUGGCCUAUUCAAAGCCAAUGGAAACGAAAUUGGCUCGACUACUUUGUGGGAAUUUUAAAGAUUCUUAUGGGUGCGGUGCUUAAGAGUACUAAGACGGUAUUUUCUGAAUGUUAAUAUUUGAGAAAUCUGGGGACAUGAUACCGAUCUGUAGAUUACCUAGACAAAGCUUAAUGCGACGUGCAAUUGAUAAUGUUGACAUAUUUCUUCUAGUAAGUAGAGCUUGUAAGAAAAAAUCAAAUUAUUUUUUAUGGUGUUCACACAACACAAUCGUACAUUUACCUACUUUGCAAACUUUUGUUGCUGUCCGUACAUCCAUGUUUUGCAUGUUUUUCCGGAUUCGUUCGAAAACCCGUUCUAGACUUUAAUCUCUAAUGGACACGCAAACGUAUCAGUCGGGUACGUACAGUUACGUUAAGCAUUUGUUUGUGUAUUAUGUAACUGCGAAUGAUGUAAAUACCUGUACAUUUGAUCUAUACUGUAGUCGUCAUAGGCAGUUGCUUUACUUGACCCAUUCCACGGUUUGCUCAUAUGUGCAUGCAAUCACGUGACUUCAGGACCUAACGCAUUGCCUCUAAAUUGGUCAUUGUCAGAACGGGUACUCUUUAAGUCCACUACAAUUUACCCCGGGUGCGGAAAAUGCGCACCCGACCAAAAUAGACUGUACCCGAGUUUUAUACCAGCCCGAAAUCCGACGUUGCAAAACGCGCUGAACACAUUAAGAAAAAAAUCCCUUUGCUACGGAAUACCGUUAGGACUAUCGUGGUUACACAUUAAAAUCCAGAGGGCGAGAAUGCGAGAACGCGAUCGUACGAUGGCGCCAAUGCGACAAUACGAUGACGACAGUGCGACAAUACGAUGGCGAGAAUGCGAUAGUACGAUGGCGAGAAUGCGAGUUCGCGAUAGUACGAUGACGACAAUGCGACAAUACGAUGACGACAGUAGGACAAUACGAUGUCGACAAUGCAAUAGUACGAUGGCGAGAAUGCGAUAGUGCAAUAAUACGAUGGCGAGAAUGCGAUAGUGCAAUAAUACGAUGACGAUAGUGCGACAAUACGAUGACGACAGUGCGACAAUACGAUGUCGACAGUGCGAUAGUACGAUGGAGACAAUGCGAGAAUGCAAGAACGCGAUAGUACGAUGGCGAGAAUGCGAGUUCGCGAUAGUACGAUGACGACAAUGCGACAAUACGAUGACGACAGUAGGACAAUACGAUGUCGACAAUGCAAUAGUACGAUGGCGAGAAUGCGAUAGUGCAAUAAUACGAUGGCGAGAAUGCGAUAGUGCAAUAAUACGAUGACGAUAGUGCGACAAUACGAUGACGACAGUGCGACAAUACGAUGUCGACAGUGCGAUAGUAUGAUGGAGACAAUGCGAGAAUGCAAGAACGCGAUAGUACGAUGGCGGCAUUGCGACAAUACGAUGGCGACAAUGCGAUAGUACGACGAUGCCAUCGUACUAUCGCACUGUCGACAUCGUAUUGUCGUACUGUCGCAUUGUCGUCAUCGUACUAUCGCGUUCUCGCCAUCGUACUAUAGCAUUGUCGCCAUCGUAUUGUCGCACUGUCGUCAUCGUAUUGUCUACAUCGAACUAUCGCGUUCUCGCACUCUAGCCCUCUGGAUUUUAAUAUGUAAUCACGAUGGCCCUAACGGUAUUCCGAACUUUGAACAAAACCUGCCUCAACAUGAUUUUUUGAGUAUAACUUUCGGCACUAUAGAGGCCAUUUUAAAGAAUAUGGACAUUAGUGUUAACAUUUUUUUAAUGAAUGAGCCGACAGCGACCAAUUGAGCGUUUGUUUACCCGAGUCUAUUUAGUAUAUUUCCGUACCCGGGGUACAAUGAAGUAUACUUAAGAGUACCCGGGGUACUUAUAACUAGUUCCCGAGCCAACAAUGACCCAUCGAGUCGAAUUGCUAGUGUAUUUUCCAUUACUUAGUUUGUUUAUGUUUUUUUUGUACUCAUGCAUAGAAUGGGACCAUACCAUGCAGUUUGAUAUUAAUGAGUUAGAUACUAAAAGGCCUUUGAUAACUGAAUCAAACACGCUUUAGUUCUGUGAUAUGAUAUUUUGUAUUCGUUGUUCUAAAUAAAUGUUGUAACCAUACUGUAGAACAUUCAUUAUGUAUUAUCAUAUUAAGUUAUAACUAUGGCAACGAUACGCUUUUGCCACACCUUCCUUUAGACGCAUGUUUUUCUCAUAAUGAUGUACUUGUCUGAUAAUAUGACUGUCAUAUCAUUUAUAUUCAUUUACUUAUGGUUGUAUAGUGCUGCUUCUAACGAGCUUUUUAUUAGCAUUAUAAGAUGGCUAUAUGAUAUCGACUUUCUUAUGUGCACUUCGUGUACCGGCAUUUUAAUUUGAGUAUAUAUUAGUCUGGAACCCUCAUAAGUGUUGCUCAUUGUUCAAGGAAAUAAAAACUUGCGAAGUUAGCAUUAUUAACAUUUAGAAAACAAACAGAUAAAGGUGAUUUUCCAAUUCUGAAUGUAAUUUCGUAAUGCUAAUUUAUCUGAAAACUUCCAUUGUGGUGGUUUGCCAACAAAGAAAGUGAUACCCAUAUUAACAAAUGCAAAUUCUAUUGAUUAUUCCUCCCAAUAAUUAAUUCCUCAGUUAACGGCAAUGUUAUCUCCUGUUCAACUUUUAAGCAGGGCAUGAUGUUUAGAACUGCGAAUCCAGAAAGAUAUCGGUUCAUGUGUGCACAGCAAAUACUAUCGGCGAGGUUCAUUCUUAAAUCGUGUCAUUUGUAACAUUGAAUUGUGCUGUUCUUGUUAAAAUGUUUUUUUUCUAACCUUAUUUGCAUUUUAAAUGUUGUCUUUAAGUUUUCAAGCAAUUUGUAUGUCUAAGGUUUUGUUAGUGCAUAUGUGCGUGUAUUAUAAUGUCUUACUAUGUUUGAAAUCGCUGCGAUGUUUUGAAGAAUGACACAAAAUGGUAGUCUUUGCUAAAUCUUUUGAUGUAUAAUCUGUGUUAAUGGUAUUAAGACAGGUAUUAAUAGUAUUGUUUGUAUAUAAAUAUUGAUGAAUGGAUUAAUAUCAUGAACACAAGGUUUAUUAGAUAUUACUGAAUAACAUGACUUGUGUAUUUUGUAAUAAACUGCCAAAAUCUUUAGCAAA